AGAAAACAGCAAACAAGCAGCCGUCUAACCAAGAAUCCCGAGAUCCCCCUCGACCGUACCGCAAGCAACAGCACAGUGCAACGGAAACACUCACUCCAACCUCAUUUUCAUCCAAUGAGAUUCAUCACACCAAUAACCCCACAUUUCAUUCCAUCUUAAAAAUUAACAAAAAAUGGCGAAAGGUGAAGUCAGCAGCAUGAGCCGCACAGUGAUUGAGCCACUCUCGCAGUUCGACCUUUCUUCCCAUUCACGCGCCACAACCAUCCGAUCCCUCGCCGUUGCCACGUCACCCUCCGAUCAUCAACACGCUUUCCUCUACGUUGGCACCUACUCCGGAACCCUCUUCUCCCUCUCCACAAAUCUCAACAAUUCCGCCUCAUCCAACGGCUCAGAUCACCCCAAGCACAACGGCGGUACCGGUGAGUCCACCUUCUUGCAUAAGCUUUCGUUCCAGAGAAGCGUAUCUGUCGGCGAUUCGCCCGUGGAGUCAAUUUUCGUUCUUGUUGAGUUGGGGAAGGUUUUGGUUCUUUCAGAGGGUUCUUUGUUUCUGGUGGAUUCGGAGCUGACUAAUCACGCGGCGAGGUUGAGUUUUCCGAAAGGGGUUUCGGUGGUUGCGAGGAGGGUGAGGAGUGGUGCUGAGUCUGAGGGUUCCAGUGAACAAGCUAGUAGCAGCAGUGGUGGUGGUGGUCAGAGGUUUUUGAAGAGAUUGGGGAGUGGAGUUAGGGUAAAUGGAUUGAGGGUAAAUAAGGAAGGGGAGGCCCACGGUGAGGGUAAUUCCGUCUUUGCAGUUGUUGCUGGGAAGAGGUUGUUGCUUGUUGAGCUUGUUUUGGGUGGUGGGGGUACUGGCUCUUUGGUGAUUUUGAAAGAGAUUCAGUUUGUUGAUGGUGUUAUUAGUACCAUGGUGUGGCUUGAUGACUCGAUUAUCGUUGGCACUGCCAAUGGUUAUAGCUUGAUUUCUAGUGUUACUGGACAGAGUGGGGUUAUAUUCUCCUUGCCAGAUGUGUCACGCCCUCCGCGGUUGAAGCUGCUAAGGAAGGAGUGGAGAGUGCUCUUGUUAGUGGACAAUGUGGGGAUUAUUGUUGAUCCCCAAGGACAGCCGGUGGGUGGUAGUCUGGUGUUUCGUCACGGAUUGGACUCCGUGGGAGAGAUUUCUUCAUAUGUGGUGAUAGUGAGUGAUGGGAAGAUUGAGUUGUAUCAUAAGAGAAGUGGCAGUUGUGUUCAGGUUUUGCCGUUUGGUGGGGAAGGAAUAGGGCCUUGUAUUGUUGCAAGUGAGGAAGACAGGGGUGGGAAGCUUGUUGCUGUUGCAACUGCUACCAAGGUAGUAUGCUACCAGAAAUUACGUUCUGAAGAACAAAUAAAGGAUUUGUUGAGGAAGAAGAAUUACAAGGGAGCGGUAUCCUUAGUGGAGGAGCUUGAGGCUGAAGGUGAAAUGCCAAAAGAUUUGCUCUCAUUUGUUCAUGCUCAAGUGGGGUUUCUGUUACUUUUUGACUUGCAUUUUGAAGAGGCAGUGGAUCACUUUUUGCUCUCGGAGACAAUGCAGCCUUCUGAAGUAUUCCCAUUUAUAAUGCAAGAUCCGAAUCGCUGGUCUUUACUGGUUCCUAGGAAUCGGUAUUGGGGUUUGCAUCCUCCACCUGCCCCACUUGAAGUUGUAGUAGAUGAUGGUUUAAUGACAAUCCAGAGAGCUUCUUUCUUGAGGAAAGCAGGUGUAGAAACAAUUGUAGAUAAUGACCUGUUUCUGAAUCCACCAAAUAGAGCUGAUUUGUUGGAGUCAGCAAUCAAGAACAUUAGCAGAUAUUUGGAGGCUUGUCGUGAAAAGGACCUAACACAAUCAGUUAGGGAGGGAGUUGACACGCUAUUAAUGUAUCUUUAUAGAGCCCUAAAUCGUGUUGAGGACAUGGAGCGGCUGGCAUCUUCUACAAACUGGUGUGUUGUGGAAGAGUUGGAACAGAUGUUGGAAGAGUCUGGGCACCUACGUACACUGGCUUUCCUAUGUGCCAGUAAAGGAAUGAGCUCAAAAGCUGUUUCUAUUUGGCGCAUACUAGCAAGAAACUAUUCAUCUGGCCUCUGGAUAGACACUGCCUUGAAUAAUAAUAUACGGGAUAGCAGGGAAAACCUUGUUUCUGGCAAGGAGAUUGCUGCAGCCGAAGCUGCCAAAAUUCUUGAGGAGUCAUCUGACCAAGAUUUGAUUCUACAACAUUUAGGAUGGAUUGCCGAUAUCAGCCAGGUUCUUGCAGUUAAAGUUUUAACAUCAGACAGACGAGUAGUCCAACUAAAUCCUGAUGAAGUUGUUACGGCUAUUGAUCCACAGAAGGUAGAAAUCUUACAAAGGUUUCUCCAGUGGUUGAUUGAAGAGCAAGAUUGUAAUGACACUCAGUUGCACACGUUGUAUGCCCUAUCACUUGCUAAAUCAGCUAUUGAAGCAUUUGAUUCUGAAAAUCUUGAUAGUGGUAAUACUGAGAGUACCUCUGGGAUAUCAAUCUUUCAGACUAGUGUAAGAAAAAGACUGCAAGUAUUUUUGCAAUCCUCUGACUUGUAUGAUCCAGAAGAAGUUCUUGAUUUGAUUGAAGGGUCAGAGUUAUGGUUAGAAAAGGCUAUUCUGUAUAGAAGACUGGGGCAGGAGACUUUGGUCCUCCAAAUAUUGGCUUUGAAGUUGGAAGACAGCGAGGCUGCUGAGGAGUAUUGUGCUGAAAUUGGCAGACCUGAUGCUUACAUGCAGUUGCUUGAAAUGUAUUUGGAUCCACAAGAUGGUAAGGAGCCCAUGUUUAAUGCUGCUGUUCGCCUUCUCCACAAUCAUGGAGAAUCAUUGGACCCUUUGCAAGUUUUAGAGAAAUUGUCACCAGAUAUGCCGCUUCAACUUGCUUCUGAGACUCUAUUAAGAAUGUUCAGGGCCAGAGUUCAUCAUCAUCACCAAGGGCAGAUUGUGCAUAAUUUAUCACGAGCUGUAGACAUGGAUGCAAGAUUGUCGAGAUUGGAGGAAAGAUCAAGGAAUGUUCAGAUUAAUGAUGAGAGUCUCUGUGACUCCUGUGAUGCACGCCUUGGAACAAAGCUAUUCGCAAUGUACCCGGAUGACACUGUAAUAUGUUACAAGUGCUAUCGCCGUCAAGGUGAGUCAGUUUCAGUCUCGGGUCGCAACUUCAAGGAAGACGUCCUAAUUAAACCGGGUUGGCUUGUAAGUCGUUGAUGUCAAAGCCAAAAUGUUGGUGUUAGAUCCCAAUAUUACUCGGCAGAAUAUUUUGAAUUGUCAUUCCAUAUAAAAUGCCAAAUUCAUUCAAAAUUGGAAUAUGGAAUAUAUGUUGAUGAUGGCUCAGUUAUGUAGUUAGCAUUUAGAGUAGUAGCUUCUAACAUAUAGUUGACCACCACAUGAUGGUGCUGUAAAAUCUGUGAUGAGUUCCCCAUUGUAUUCUCCAUUUUUUCUUUUGACAAGCUGCACUGUAAAAUUUUGUUGACAUUGUAAAUUGUAAAUUUUUGCUUAUAUAUAAAUAAUAGCUCAUUCUUCCA